AUGGCUUCACCACGCUUUGAUGGAUCACCCGAACAUCCUUCACUCAGUGUACACAGGCUGGAACCGGAUUGUGGUGACUAUGAAAGUGUGGUGAUGGUUAAACUCACGGAUGAGAUAUGCUCUGCGCUUCUGACAGCGCAACGAAAAGGACUGCCUAUUCGAAUCCACGUUGAUGAACAGGGUGGUAAGUGGGAACUCGGCGAUCAUCCUAAUGGCAGCCAAGUGUUCCGCUAUCAGCAGCAGGCUUUACCUGGUCCUCCUACCGAUGCCGUAGUCCACGAUCCACGAACCGGAACGCAUCGGACUAUUGCUGCUUUCCGUAGCAAAUAUCAGAUUCAAGCGACGGACAAAUCUCUAGCGGAUACGAAGGAGCGUGCUCAAAAACUCAUUGAAGAGGAAAAAAAUCGUGGUAUAAAGGACGUGACUAAACAUCGUCAAAAAGCUAGUAUCUUUAAAACGGGUGCAACAGGUGUUGGAUCAGCUUCAUCUUCACGAAAUGCUUCUCCUUUGUUGACACGGGCUCUUGACAGUUCUUCAUCUCGUAUCAGCCCGAAUAAGUUUGCAAAUCCUGCGGUUAGCAAUAACAAUAGUUCUCAGCAAAAUAACGGGUCGUCUAGUAUGUCACGUGCGACGCCAACACAACAUCUUAACAGCGAGUUACGUAAAAAGAAGCUACGUCAACGAAUUAUUCAACUUGUUGUGUUAGGGAAGUUUUCUGGUGCUGAUUUGGUUCUGCGACAAUUGCGUAAAGAUGGACUGAACGAAGAAGCAGAUAUUGAACGUCGUGUGGAAGACAUUGUGGGAGAAGUUUCUGAACCAUCUGGAAGCGGCUCUUCAAAAAUUACUCUGAAGCCGUCACUUUAUGCUGAGGUGGACACUCGGUGGCUGUGGUAUAACCAGGAGGAAAAGGCUUAUGUUCGCCGUGUGACUCAAGGUUUAUCAUCUACUCAAACGAAAAGCACCACGUUUGCGCCGACGAGAAAAAGUGGGAUAGAACGGAUGCAAGCACCAAGUCAUUCAUCCAAUUCCUAUUCAUCGACUUCGGGUAACACAGUUAGCCCUGAAGCCAUCCCAACACCUCCCAACUCUCGUCCUGCAUCUGCAGUUUCGGGUCAUUUGCACAAAACUUCGAAACAUGUAAAUGCAGUCCCGAACGGCUGUCGAGAGCAAACUCCUAAUACAUAUCGAAGUCCUCACCAUGAAGUAUCAUCUGCCAGUAAACGAAAGGCACACGUUCCUGCUGGAGCACAGCAACAGCCAAAUGAGACAAAGCGUCCGCGCCAGGAAAGUGCAAGCCCGCCGGAGGAUCCCACCAGUCACCCACAACACAACCAUAUAGAGCACAAUAUACAAGUACGUUUCGCUCAUUUCGAAAAGGAUCCCGAAUUUAUAAAGACUCGACAGCGAUAUACUGAUUUGCAUUCGAAGUUGGCUGUGCUUAAGUCACGUAUAUCGGAUUUCGAACGAAAUCAGGAUAUGGCAGUCAGUGCAUCAACUGCUAUGCCGAUGGACCUUUGUGAUCUGGAAUGA